AUGCCCGACCUCCCUGCGAAGACCAUUCUCCUAGCUCUCGAUAGGGAAGAUGAUGCAAAGACUAAAUCCAGUGGUCUCAGCUGGCUCUCAAUCAUUGAGGUAAUGGGGAUAACGCCAGGACUGCAUGGCAAGCACUGGAGACGCUAUCACCACGGUCACCAAUUUACAAAUCCGAAUGCAAUCGGACAUCUCAGCCGGAGUUUAUCUUUGAGUAACGUUGGCCUGUGGAACGGAAACAAGGAUUUUUCGUUUUCGGACCCCAACAACUAUCUGGAGCUACGGCACAAGGCACCGCCUGCCGUUGUCCUAAGCACGGACCAGGACUCCGAGUAUUCCAGGGAAGCAAUACAAGCGAAAUCUGGUACCGCCUUUGACCACGUCGAUCUCCACAGCUUUCAGCGAACGAUCUACGAAAACGCUGACGGGGCCCACUGGCAUAUCAGUCACGGUCCAGGCGGACUACCAGAUUUCGACUGGAUUGAGGAACAAAAUAAUUUCGAACUCGAGACAGAUUCGCAAACCGGGAAGCAGAUGGCAGCUUCAACUCUGGUUCGGACCUCAUUUCCUCGUCUCUCCUUGCGAUCACAUCCAUCAACUGAAUACCAUCAGUCAUCAUCAAGUACAGACCUCACUACCCGUCAUACAUAUUCGAAUUAA